AUGUCGACGAUUGCCUCCCCCCGCGACCCGCCGCCCCUCCGCCGCCCCUCCAGCACGCCCACCUCGCCGCCGCCCAGCCGUCCGUCCCUCGACCUCGUCCGCUCCGGCGUGGCAUCCCCCCCUCCACCCGCCGCCGGUGCCGCGGCCGCCGGUGGUCCCCCGCGCCGCUCCAACCGCGCCGCCCUCCGCGAGUACUACAAGCUGCGCUCUCCGCCGCCGCCGGCGCUGCCGCGCAUCGAGGUUCCCGACUCCGAGGUGCCGGCUAGCGACCUCGAUGCCCCGGACUUUGACUCGGUCGCCUAUGUUGAGGACUUGGUGGCGCGUUGCAGCCUCGAGGAUCUGUUGCGUCUCUAUGCCCGAGUUGUGGGCGAGGUCAGGGCACUUGAUGCCGAGAAGAAGGCCCUGGUCUACGACAACUAUAGCAAGCUCAUCACAGCGACCGAGACGAUACGAAAGAUGCGCGCCAACAUGGAUCCUCUAAAACCCCUGGCAUCAACCCUCGACCCCGCCAUUGCGCAAAUAUACAGGCAAGCGUCGUCCAUACGGCAAGCGACGCGCGAGACAGUGCCGGCACCCGACUCGGACGAGUGGAGAGCAAGAGAGGCACAGGCACGGAGACGCAAGACGAGACAGCUUGCAGCCGAGGCGCUCGCGACGCCGCAGCGGCUACGCGAGCUGGUGCGGCAGGGCAAGACGGACGAGGCGUCGAGACAGUGGGAGCUGCCGCGAAGGCUGCUGGUGUCGUGGAUGGACAGGGGCGUGGGCGGCGACGACGUUCAAGCUUGCAUCGACGAGGGAGACGCCGUGUUUGGGCCGACGACGAGCGAGCCUGGGUCGGAGAGGACGUCGAGGGAUGCGAACCGGUGA